AUGAAGGUUUCCGCUAUCAUGUGCAGCUUCAUGGCCGCUGGCCUGGUCGCCGCGGCUCCUCCUGGUCCUCCUCCCUCCGAUAUCUCUGCUCCUCCUCCUCUUCCCACUGGCACUGAGAUCCCCCCUCCUCCCAAGUCCGAGGGUGGCAACGACAACGAGAAGCGCGAGGAAAACCCGCCUCCCGUGCCCACUGGCACUGAUGGCCCACCUCCCGUGCCCACUGGCACUGAUGGCCCACCUCCCCCUACCGGCACCGACAUUCCUCCUCCCAAGUCCGAGGGCGGCAAUGAGAAGCGUGGAGACGCACCCCCUCCCCCUCCUUCUGGAACCGACGUUCCCCCCAAGCCUACUGGCACUGAUGUGCCUCCUCCUCCCAAGUCCGAGGGAGGCAAUGAGAAGCGCGGAGAUGCUCCUCCUCCUGCGCCUUCUGGUACUGAUGUGCCUCCCCCUAAGCCUACUGGCACCGACAUUCCUCCUCCUCCCAAGUCCGACAACGACAACGAGAAGCGCGGAGAGGCCCCUCCCCCUCCUCCCCAGACUACCGAUGUCCCUCCCCUUCCUAAGCCCACUUCUUUUGAGGCUUAA